CUUUACCGAAUAGUUGGGCAAUUCCCGAAAUGGAUCAUAAUUAGCGCUAAGCCUUAUACACGUUUGCAAAAAACGCGCGACCCUAGUACCUUAUAUAAAGCUGCACUCCGACAGUUAACACAAUACCCUUGACACCGAUUUCUCUCGACAUUCACCUAUCAAUGUCCCUCCCGCCUGGUUCUGCUGCGUUGCCUACCGCGCAGGUUAGCGGUAGCGCGCCGCCUAUUGAAUACAUGUUCGCUCAGAUUAUGGGCGCAGUUCAGAAAUCUCAAGCUGAGAUAUCUGAUCUCCGGCAGGAAUGCGCUGACCUACGGAUGACGAAUGCGAGCUUGGAACGACAGAUCCGGGAAGGGUUUCAGGAUCCCUUCCACUUGCAGCAACAAAACGGGAACGGAAACUAUUACGCCAGCUCGCGCAUGGGCUCUGGCUUCGUAACCCCCGUGCCCGGCAGCCCCCAACUCCGAGCCAAAUCCCCUUUCCUAUCCCCGCACAGUAUUCCAUCCCUCGUCGCCUCACCCACAGGUCACUUCCCCUCUCCGUUAGGUGAUAAUGCGGUCACACCAUUCCAAUUUGGCGUUCGUGACAUUCCCGGGUUUUACGUUGUAAUUCCCGCAGGAGGUGCUGGUACUCGGCUAUGGCCGCUUUCACGAGAAGAACACCCAAAAUUCCUUCUCGACUUGACUCUUAAGGGGCGUUCUUUGAUCCAAGCCACUUGGGAUCGUCUCCUCCCACUUUCGUCGCCCCUCCGCACUACUGUGGUCGCAGGUCCGGGUCAUGUCAAGUCCAUCCGCGAGCAACUGCCCGACCUUCUCUCUCACAACUUGUUCUGCGAGCCUGGUCCAAAGGAUUCAAUGGCAGCCAUCGGACUUGCUGCGGCUGUACUUGCCAAACGAGAUCCCAAUGCCGUCAUCGGUUCAUUUGCAGCAGACCACAUGAUUUCAGGUGAUGACGCCUUCCUAUCAGCCGUUGCAGAAGCCGUAGAGGUUGCGAAAAAAGAUUAUCUCGUCACUAUCGGUAUUGCACCAUCGCAUCCUUCUACCGGGUUCGGUUACAUCCGCCUCGGAAAUAAACUAGGCAUGAAGGAAGCUCCGAAUGCGAGACUUGUUUCCAGCUUCAAGGAGAAACCUGAUGCGCGCACUGCUGCUGCGUAUAUUGGGACUGGAAAUUACCGGUGGAAUGCAGGGAUGUUCGUCACGAAAGCUACUGUCCUCAUGGACCUUCUCAAGGACUAUAAGCCCGACCUCCACGACGGGCUACAAAAGAUUGCCGCUGUAUGGCACGACGAAGCGUUACGCCAGACCGCUCUUAACGAAAUCUGGCCCGAGCUUGAGAAGAUUCCAAUCGACAACGCAGUUGCAGAACCUGCUGCUGCUGAGGGCAAGGUUGCCGUAGUACCAGCGACAUUCGGUUGGGAUGACGUCGGUGACUUCUCCUCGCUCGCAGACCUCCUGCCUGCAGAAUCUAAUCAACCUCGUGUCCUUGGGGACAGCUGUUUAGUGCUAACUGAACAAGUUGCGGGUGGAAUUGUGGUUCCUGGCUCAGGGCGUCUUAUCACGUGUCUUGGUGUUGAUGAUCUGGUUAUCGUCGACAUGCCCGACACGCUUCUUGUCACGACGCGUGCACGUUCGCAAGAGGUGAAGCGCCUCGUGAAGAAGUGCCGUGAUGCGGGCUGGAAACAGCUCCUCUGAAGAAUAUCGUAUUCUUGGACACUUGGAGAAUGAAUCGGAAACCAAACGGACUAUAUAGCGCACAAAUGGAUGCUCGUGGAAAACGGGAUUUUUUGAAUCUCACACGCUCAUAAACUUUCUCUG